AUGCCCUCUUCCAAAGGCGAACCCACCGACCCCGAACUUCGCGAGAAGGUCAAGGAGGAAGUGAAGGCGGAGGAGAAAGGCGGUGGGAAAGGCAACUGGUCUGCGUGGAAGGCGGGCGAGAUGGCGCGCCGAUACGAAGCGCAGGGAGGGGAUUACAAGGACACGGGCGACAAUAAGAACAAGGCGAAGAAGGGGGAGCCGGAGAAGAAGUAG